GCCCGCGCGCGCGCGUGCGUGUGAGUGUGCGCGCGUGCCCGGCUAACGCGCGCUGCGAGCAAAUGAAUGUAGGAGGGAGAAAAAAAAGAGAAGGAAAACUUCGAUAAAAAUGGCGGAAGGCACAACGUCUUUGAAAGGAUUGCGAGCUCAGAUGGCUGCAGCUGCGCAGGCACAGGCCGAAGAACGGCGGAGCCUGGCAGUGACCAGCCCAGCACCAGUUACAGACAGUGCUACAAAGAGCCAUACCAAACCAGUCAUUGACGGAGCAGCACUUAGAAUUGAUGACAAACUCCGAGUAGCCAAAGAAAGGAGAGAAGAACAAGAAAAGCAGCAAGUGGCACGUGGGUCUCAGAUUCUAGAGCGGGAACGUAAGGCCAAGCUUCAGGUUGAGAGGCAGAUGGAGGAGAAACAUAGAAAGCUAGAGGAGCAACGCAGGAAAGAGGAGCAGAGAAGAGCUGCUGUGGAGGAAAAGAGGAAACAGAAGCAGGAGGAAGAGAAGGAGCACUAUGCGGCAGUGAUGCGGCGCACUAUGGAGCGCAGUCAGAGAGUGGAGCAGAGGCAGAAGAGAUGGUCAUGGAGUGGUCUGUCGGACUCUGACAACAGAAAUGGUGAGAGCGACAGUGGCCCCAACUCCUCCCCAGUCACUAUAGUAAUCUCCCCAGCCUCUCCGGUCUCCAAGCCUACCAGAAGCGCCACACCACAAGACAAGCGUUCUUCCUCUACUACAAACCUCAAACAGUCUGCCGACUCCGCUAUCAGCAAGCGCCUCUCCUCUUCAUCCGCCACCCUCCCCAGCACUCCUGACAAAAGUGCAAAGCGGAGGAGUUCAUCUUUGAACCGGUUGCCUAGCAAUGUCCCUCGGGUUUCUAAGGAAGCGCAUAAACAGCCUCAGGUGGAAAAGACAGAUCCUGUCCUGAAGAAACGGAGCUCCUCCCUUUCCCGUGUAGGGAAUAGAGCUCCACCCACUGGCAAACCAGAGAAACUCGCACCCAGUGAAUCAGCCCAUCGCCCGUUGGCCUACAUGGACAGCAGUGUCCUCAGUCGUCUCCUCACCCCUACCCAGGCCUCUCUAGCUAGGAGCAAGAGUGCAGCAGCCCUUUCAGCCCAUGGAACGGAUGAGACAGAGUUUCACCUGUGUCCUCGAUCAGUGUCCUCCACACCGCUGCCUUCCACCCGUGGCCCCCUACGAAGUCGCAGCAUUGAUCGCCAAAAGAACACCCCUAGCACUACCUCUGCUUCUUCUGAAUCCAUCUCGAACGCAGCUCAGAAAGCUGAAAAGGACAAGUCCUUCACUUCACCUGCAGCAAAACGUCCUCCUUCCCCUAACACUGUUCCUAGCCGCCAUCGCUCUCCCUCACCAAGCCCUGUCAGUGGUCCCAGGAGAACACCAUCACCUGGAGCAGCCAAGCAAAGCCCUCGUUAUCGGCCACCUUCCCCUAGUGGGGUGAAGCAGAGGCCUCCAUCCCCUCAGCCUACUUCCAAACCUCCCCCUAUCCAGAAACCUGCCCUCACUCCAACUGGCCCUCCCAUUCUGAGGAAGAGAGAGUCCAAGCCCAAAGACGCAUCUCCAAUGACUGCUCAAACAUCACAACUUCAAGAUACAAGCACUACCAGCCCAGCCCCCAGCACCAAACCCAAAGAUGAUCCUAGUCUGAAAACCACAGCCAGCACUAACUCUGCUGCCGAAGCUGCUAAGAUCCUGGCAGAGAACCGGCGGCUGGUUCGUGAGCAGAAGGAGAAAGAUGAACAGCUCAGAUUACAGAGAGAGGAAGAGGAGAAGGUGAGAAAAGAGGAGGAAAAGCGGCUGGCUGAGGAGGAGAGAGUGCGGCGUCUGGAGGAGGAGAAGGUUCAAGCAGAGGAGAGAAAGAAGGAAGAGGAGGAGAACGCUCGUAAAGCAGAAGAGGAGAGAAAGAGACUGGAGCUGGAGGAGCAACAGAAACGAGCCGAGUUACAGAAAGAGCGAGAGGAGGCAGAAGCAAAGGCUCUGGAGGAGGCAGAGAAGCAACGACAGGAGAGAGAGCGCAUCAUGCAGCAAAACCAGCAAGAGCGCAUGGAGAGGAAGAAGAGAAUUGAGGAAAUUAUGAAGAGAACCAGAAAAAUGGACCAAAAUGAUGAUAAGGGUAACGAUGAGGGAGGCAUGCUAGACGAGAACGGUGACGAUCUUACUGACCAGCUAAACUGUGAAAAGGAGGACCAAUCUGUGCCUUCCAUGCAACACAAAGAGGUCAUCGAGUCGGAUGUCCAGGAGAAAAACAUGACUUCAGAAGAAGGCCAGCUGGAAUCAGAGCCACUUAACAACAUGAAAGAACACCGCAUAGUGGAUGACAAAGAAAACAACAACGAUCUCAGUGCAGCACAGCCCACAGCCAUCAGUAAUUCUUACCCACAGGCACAUCUGAUGGAGGGCUCAGAGUUUGUGAACGAGGACUGUAAGAACGGGGUGAAUGGGAAAGGAGGCUCCUGGGGCUUUGAAGAGUUCAUUGAUCUGGGAGUUCACACUAAAGUCCGGCCCGAUUCCUGUAAUCAGGGUCUAAUAGAUUGUGGUGUGGGACCUGAUGGGCCCAGAGUGGCCUUUGAUGACAAGUCGGCUCCUGUGAACUCCCUCCAUCCUGUUCAACCCAUUGAAGCCCUUUCUGAGAUUUGAUUUGACAUCUUCGCACAAGGACGGUGGCUAAUUGCACUCCACGAUUUUUGUCUGGUUGAGUUCCAAAGUUUCUUGUGCUCAGCUGGACAGCCAGAGAAAACUGAAUCAGAGAGGAAGGCCUCAACGUCUGCACCUCCGGAAAUAUAGUAGAAUAUACAUUUUUUUAAAAGCUGAAAAUAAGUAAAAUGCUUCAGGGACACAUAAUCUUUCAUUAUGCUUAAUUUUCUGUUUUCCUGCCUCUUUCUUUUUGUUUUGUGCAUCUUGUCAGUUUUCUCGUCAAUAUUAAUGUUAUUUUUAUGUUGAGUCUUUUGUAAUUUAUUCUUCUGACUUUGCAUUUUAUGACUCGUUCUUUUCUUUAUACAUUUUGUUGUAUUUUUCUUGUUUGUGUAUUUCGUUAAAGUCGAAUUAGUUAUUUCAAUGAUCCCAGUUUGUCAGUGGGCCGAAGCAGAAGUGAGCAUUUUAAUGUGAAGUAAAGCUGUUGAGGUCAGAGGAGGCACACUUCCAACUCUCACACACUGGUAUAAUUUGUUUGUGAACUGAGUAAGUACUGUUCAACCGUACAACAGUUAUCCAGGCUUUUUCUGCUUAUGAGUCUACAGAGAGCCUUGGCAGCGCUUCCUUAAAUUUACUCUAAUGCAUGUAGCCCCUUACCUGCAUUUUCCAGCUUCUGCCCAAUCUAAUGUGAUGAUGCAGGCAACAGGCUGAUAAUUGUCCUCUUUCCUGCUGUUGUUUAAACUCUAACCCUAGCAAAGCUUGGUCAAGGUAUUUCAUAAAAAAGUGACAAUAGGAUUUGGUUAAAGUGCUGACUUUUAAGCUCAGCCAAAACCUUUUCAAAUUUCUUUAGUCUUUAAAGGAUGACGGUGCUCCAGUCAAAAAAAAACACCUGGAAACAUAUUUGUAACUUGUUGAAUGAAGGUUUUAACAUUGUUCGUUUCAGGUUUGUGGCUGUUGCCGAAUGUGGAUGUUGUUUUCUUCUACAUAUAUUUCACGGUUAGAUAUUCGCAUAAGUCUAACGUAAGAGUAUCCCAAAACUAACGUACAACUCUGAAUGUCAGAGUGAAUCUAUUUCUUUCUCAACUGUGUCAUUCUAGCACACAGAAAUUACUGUAAGUUCUUAAUUGCGUGUUGUUUCCCUGUAGAACGUUAAAACCGAGGUGAUUCUCUGGUCUGUUUUCAAAGCUUGAAUAAUUGCUAGUGUUCCCACAUUCCCUCAGGGUCAUAAUUCUAUCAGGUCCUAAAGUGUUUUGAAGUCUACCUUUUCUUUUCCUCAGACUUUUUUAAAUCCUUAAUCCUUAAGUUUUAUGUCUUGUACAAUUUAUCUCAUAAAGGUAAUAUUUAAAACAUUAUUCUGUAAGUAUUAUGAACUUGAUCAGUAUUCAGCUGUUAUCCUAUAUGGCUUGAGGAAUAGAGAGUAGAAGUAAAAGGGAAGUGUAUUUUGGUUGGUUCGUGUCUGGUGCAUGUUUCUUCUGCUGCUCCUCAACAGUAUCUGAUGUAGAACACGAAAGAACCUGGGCCUGCUCGUUCGUCCGGGGAAUGAACGGAUGAGGAAUAUGAAUGUUGCUGGAGGUUAUUGCAAGUUAUUUUGGGUAAAAUAUGCUGUCAGGUUGAUUCAAACAUGAUUGUCUUGGUGUGACUGCAUAAAAACGAUCGAUGUGGACCAGGUUUAACUAAAUUGGAAAUCCUGGUGGUGGAUCCAGAUGAAUUGUGCUCAGGGCUCAUAGCUAAAAGAAAUGCUGUUUGAGUUCCUGUCUGUUUCAUAGCACUAUUAGUAAUUGCAAGGAAACGCUUGAACCUCAAAUGCUUGAAGUGUUUAUUAGAGACUUGUAUUGGUCCAAGUAUAUAGUCUAUUUUGGGCACGUUUGGACUUUUUUAUACACUAGAUUACUCAGAAAUGACUGGGGCCACUGAGCACAGGGCAUUUUACUGUUUAAGAUCAUGGUCAUUUACUAAUAAACUAAUUAGUAUCAUUCCUCUCAUAACACCACUCUUUCCCUUAUACUGUAGGCAUGGAUCGUUUACUUGAAAGCCAUGUUUUGUUGCUCACUGCUUUAGUUAAUUGCUUUUUUUUUUUUUUUCUUCUGUCCAGGACAAGGAACACCCCAGAGUUAAAAUUUUCAGGUUGAGACCCAAACACUGUCUAGAAUUCCAGUGGAGACACUCAGGCAAAAUUAAAAAAAAACGAAUAAUGUGCUUGGCGUGUAAAGGGAGAGCUGGGCUGCAGAACCCUUUUUGUUUACUUUAGCCUUUCCGCAGUCCCUCCCUUCCACGUGGUUUACAAUAUCGUUAGACACCCCAAAGUGCUUCAAGACUUGUAGUGGCUGCUGCACAAGCGGUCAGUCAUCUCUGUGAUUUCGAUGUGUGCUGACACCAGUGCAGUUGCGGCUUCUUUCGUCCAGGACCCUGUAAACCUUUUGAGUGCUUUGGGUUUCAGAGCUGUUGUCUAGCUUAUAGUGUUCAUUAUUGUGUUAGGAUAGAAUGGUGCCUUAGAAAAAGGGUGAGACAUAUAUUUAUUUUCCUAUAUUAAAAACUAAAAUGUUACAUGAUAUGCUUUCACUGGCCAUGACAAUCAUUUUAUUGACCAGGGCUCUAAAUAGGAUGCAAUAUUCAGUAUCUUGAAAAAUAUAGUUGUAAAUUUACCCAAACUAUACUGGAAAAGCUAUAAACUGUUAAAAUAAAGUUUUGCUAGAUAAAAUAAGUAAAUGUUUGUGAUGUUCAUAAGAUCUGUAAACUUUUUGUGGUUUUAUCAUUCAUAAAUGAAGGCUUUAGUUGAAGCUUGAAAUUUAUUGUUCAGAUUCAUUGUUACUUCACCCUAAAUGCCAUGAAUAAAGUAUAUACUAAUA